CGCCAGGCGUUGCCACCUACAGGUAGCGAGCUCAACGCCAUCUGUGAGACGAAUGGAGAAGUGCAAAACCGAUCAUCUGACAGUGCGCAAACGUCAGACGCAUUUAGCACGCAAAAUUGCGAGUGUAAACACUGUUCUUUUGAAAUCACAACGUUCCCGCGAGGAUGAACAACGUCGAGAUCGAGGACUUCUACCAUCACGAUUUCACCACUGCUUCGGAAUGGGAAGUGUUCAUCGCGCGGUUGGAGGAAAUUAUGCACGAGUGGAAAUUGCCCCAUGCAAAGAUCGCGGGUUCCCUCAAACCGGGAGAUUUUAUCAACUGUCAAUGGCAUGAGGCCUCGGAGAAGCUACAUUUUGCAGAUGUAGAAUUUCUGCUGAAGCAUUACAAGUUAAAGAGGGAGGAUGAAAGUGAGGAUACAGCCAGCCCUUUGGAAGAACGUGAGGAGGACUGGACACAGUGUCAGAAGGAUGCCUUAGACAUAUUCAAUGACUUUGUGAAGCUUGAUGAGAAUUGUAUGGAGAUAACUCGUUACUAUGGCUGCAGAGAAUUUCUCGUUUUGAUACCAGCACGAAAGGGUAGCUUAAUGGAUGAAACUCGAAUCAAGAUCUUGCUUAGUUCACUGACAAUUGCAACCAACAAUGCGAAUUGUUACAUCCCCGCAUUCGUGCAGGUACAAGAACCUUGGCAGAAAAUGUAUCUCGGUGGCUGUGCUGGUAAAGGAACCUGUGUGCAUCUGGACAUGGUGCAUUUAAAGAAGAUUCCAUCUCAUUGCAAAUAUCUUACUGGUUUACUCGCUCUGUUUAAGCAGAAAGUUAGAGAAGGCUCUUCAAUGAGACUUGACUCUGUGAUUAUAUCUGCUAGGUUUUCAUACCUAUUGAAGGACUGGACGAAUAGCACGUGGACGCAGGAACCUCCGGAUUUUGAUUUCAUGCAAGGAGAAACGUUAGGUGUGGCCGAAUUGGGCAAGCUUCCUUUUGGCGCAACCUUCGAUCCUAUCGGGGAACUCCAUUUAUUCACCACAUGGCCGGAAAUGUUGGACAGCGUCGUCGUAGAUAGUGAAGUGUUCUCGGACCUGGAGCCACAACUCGCCCCCGAAUGGUCGGUGUUAGUGAAAAUGGUGUCCUCGCCAGCUUGCUUGCUCGGCGAAUACAUGACGGACUUUCUGCAUCUUUGCAACAAUCAGAAGACGAUGGUGGAGUUGUUGGGUGAGAACGCGUCCUAUAUCCACAAUGACGAUCAAAUGUUGAGCUCGGCCUUCAAUGCACUCACCGAAUCUAGAAUACCCACUAUCUCGUCAGUCGUGGGUAGAGCCAGCUCCAAGAAGAACAAGAAUGUAGAGGGUCCGAUUUCCGAGGAGAUACUGCUACCUAUACUUUACUUCCUCUUUCCAGACGCGGAAGAUAAUUCGAAAUGCCCUUAUGGCGACAUCAACGCGUAUAAUGUGGAUGACGACCAGUGGAAAGGCGUGAAGACCUGCAUGAUGGACAGUCUAGUGUGGCGUCUGUCGGUCGUAGCAGCGCACUGCACUCACAAUCUAGGCGGUGCGACGGCCUUAGCUCAGCUCUGGCAUGAGUUCGUGCAGGAAAUUAGAUUCCGUUGGGAGAGGAAUAUCCUGAUACCGGGAGUCGGACCAGGCUUCCCGGAUUCCGUUCGCACGUGUUUGCUGCACCAAAAGUUGCAGAUGAUGAAUUGUUGCAUAGCGAGGAAAAAGACGAGAGAGGAGAACGCGCACAGACCUCAGAGCAUGGAGAUCGACGACGUCGAGGAGACAGAGCUCGGCUUGACUUGUGCAGAAUCCGAGGAGGAGGAAUUCUUCGAGUGCUCGAGCGAGGAAUUGGCGAAUGAAGAGGUUUCGUCAACGAGGACGCAAUUGAAGGCGAAGCACCUGCUGUGGAACAAACCCGCGGGAAGAUUGGCUAAACAUCCUUCACUCAGGCUGAUUCAAAGCGGAGAUCCUCUUUAUCUACCCGUCACGCAGGAUCCCGUUCCAAAAACGGAGGACCAGCUGGAGGAGGACGCGCAGGUGAUGAUGCAGCUCGGCACCGACAAGUACGCUUCCGAGAUGCGUGCGCGAAUGAUGAGCGCGUCCCUGUUGUCCGACAUGGAGUCCUUCAAGGCGGCGAAUCCUGGCGCGGUGCUGGAGGACUUUAUCCGAUGGUAUUCUCCGAGGGACUGGAUCGACGACGAAGGGCUCGACGAGUGGGGACAAGGAAAGGGCCACUUGUCGCCACGAAUGAUGAUUCCUGAUAAUCCUUGGUCGACAACGUGGGCAUCGGCGCAACCAGUUCCUGCACAUCGGCAGAAGAGGCUGUUCGACGACACGCGGGAGGCGGAGAAGGUUCUGCAUUAUUUGUGCUCAAAGCGAAUAGGCCAGGUCGCACAACUCUUAUUGCCGACCCUAAUGCACGCGGCGCUCUACACUUUAAGUUCGCAAAAGCAAGAGGCUCUACCGAGUCUGCCCGACGUGGCACAGAGCAUACUCAAUAGAUUGCAAUUCGUAACGAAACCAACUCAUCAAAAGCUAAACUUAUACGAGGAAAUUACGCGCGAUAUCGAAGGCGUGGAAGCGCUGGUUGCGCAAGUCAAUUCCUUGCAGCAUAAGCUGGGUGGUAAUAACGACUCCAAGGAAUUCAUAUCUUUCUUGAUCCAGCUUAUGCGGGGCAAGGAAGUGAACGUACCUGGUGGUUCCAGGGGCGACAUCGCAAGUCGUAUUACGACGAUGUUCCGCGACGCUCAGAGGGCCGCUCACAUGAUGACGUCCACCAGCGGCAAUAACGACGCGGCAGCCGCGGGAGACAGCCGGCAGAAAACGUUCCCUGAGCCCUCGUCCAAGGAAUUUAUUCUGCGGGCGAUAAUACCGCGACCUUCACCGGCCUCCACACCACAGCCGCAGCGACUAUACGCCUGCCUCAAACGAGAUUACAUUCGUUUGGCCGGAUUCUUCUCCGAAGACACGACGUUUUUGUAGUUCUGACCAGAAUUCAUCCCUGAUCAGAAUUCAUAUAAUCCUCGUAAAACGGGUUUGCUGCGACUAUAUAUAGGUGGCCACGAUUAGUGAAAUAAUCUUUGUUUUCUUUGUUCCUUCGACGAUGCUCGUCCGCAUUUUAUCUGCGCUAUAUAUCCGGGAACUUUCGACUUCGCGUUCGUUUCAUGUAAACACAAACGUGACGAGUAACAACGUGACGCUGUUGUCUCGCUGUGUAUUACGCAUUUUUAACAGAAUGUGUUCGUGAGAUGCAUACAGGCAUUGGUUUGUAUCACAUUUAUUUAUCUUAUUUUCUACUGAUUGAUCUUGAAAAUAUUUAGAUGAUUAAUUAAGUGUAGUAUGUACAUUGUUUAUAUGGCACCAAGGAACAACAUUCUUAAAGUCUGUAAAAUUGCGGAGCAAGAAGCGAGAAUUGUACAUAAAAAAAAAUAUAUAUUAUAUAUAUAUAUAUACACACACACACACACAUAUAUAUAUAUAUAUAUAUAUAUGUGUGUGUGCGUGUCAAAAAUACUGUACAGCAAAUGAGAAUCAAAGUAUUCUACCAUGGCUGAUCCAAUACGAAAAUUUGCUUCUCGAAUUUGCACGGUUUUGUUAGAAAAUCCUUUACAAUCAGAUCGAUUUCCUCCAAGGCUAAUUGAGCGUGCAGCUGCAAUAUCGGGUCGAUGUCCUCAUCGCGCAGGUGUUUCAGCGCGCGAUAUAAGGUAACCAAGUCAUCACCGAGACUAGUCAACGUAUCCUUGCCAAGGCCACGAAAUAGAAGCGUAGCAACUAGAACGGCAGCGCGUCGGCAUUCAGGCGCUUUGUCAUACUUCACUACCAUCGCGAUACAGUAAAUAAUCUGAAAACAUCAACGAAAGAUUGGAUUUUUAGAAAGUCUUUUUCUCGACUGCUGUUUCCUGUGACUGUGAGAUUUGUAAACGUACCUCGGUAAGAACGUUUGUCAGUCGAAAGCUCAGUACUUUGCAAAGUUCCCCUAAGCAAGAAAGAGCAGAAGCUCGUAUCAAAGGUUCCUUGUCGCGAACGGCACACAAAAAGCCAUUGACUAACAUAUUCUUAUGCAUCACACCCAUUUCACCUGCAAAAUGUAUCAUUUCGAUUACUGCGUUUCUAGUUUGAUUGCUAUUUUCUAGCCGUCAGUAAUUCCUAUUUUGGUACUACGGUAUCAAUACUUUUGUAAAAAUAACUUCUAUUAUCUAAAAAGAUGAUCUAUAAGAUAUUAUCUCUAUGAGUAAGCAAUAAGAAAAUGAUUUCUAUGUACCUAAGGCUCUCGUUGUUUUGAUUAAUAUUUCACCAAGUUUGAUUCUGGUUUCAGUGGUUAUUUCUGUUCCUAUUAUACGAUUAGGCAUGUUUAUAUAUUCUGGCACUAAUGUCCCUAUAAUUUCGUGCGGAAAUGCAGUUGCUAAUGCACACAAUCCAUUGAUAGAUGCCAGAUAUAUGUAUGAAUCUUCAUGUUGUAUGUUGGUCUGCAAACAAAUAAGUGAGAUAAAUCGCAAAAGAAGCAAGUAGACGAUUCGAUGUACGUUAUUUUCAAUCUACUUAAAUAUUCGCAAGAGUUCUAAAUCAAAUUAAACCGAAAAUCUUCUAAUUAUAUCAGUACACGAACCUGCAACAGACCAAGAAUAAUCCCUUUGUUUUGAACAGUGAAGGGAUCCUUACUCUCGAUCAAUUUCCUGAGCGUUACGAGACCGUUCGCCUGGACAGGAAUUAAUGGAUCCGCGAGAUCCUUUAUAGCUUUGUCGAAUUUGUCUGACGAGGUCGAAUUUAUUAUCAACAAAUUUUGAUAGCGUUUCUUCUCAGAUGUGCCGUAAGUCUCGAUACAUCUCACCACGUCAUUUAUCAACGAUUUAAGCUGCAUAGGUAUUCUUGAGUUAACGUGCUUUUUCAAAAACACACUGAAAUCCUUGAAAAGAUCAAUCUCCAGCUUAGCUUUUUCGUCAACCAAAGUUUUUAUCAGCAUCAAACUGAGAUACAGUAGCUCGCACUCGCUCUCUUCCAUUUCACCUUGUUGCUUUUCGGUAUAUUUGGUGAAUAAGGACUUUAUAAAGGAUAAUAGCCACUGUGGUUCUUUCGCUUGUGCUUCGCGAACGGUAUUCAUAUCGGUUAACGGUUGGAGAAGUACACAAGCUGCUAUUUGCAUCUCCAUGUGCUCUAUUCGAUCGUCUUCUGUUUCUAGCAUUUCUCGUUGCCGAUUUGUAUUCGACAAAAAAUUUAAUAUGUAAGUGAAUAUACUGGGCGACAAGUUCUUGGCGAUGCAUACUAGAUCGUGAACAGUAUCAGCUAGUUCCGUGUAUCUCAAAUCUUCACACAAGCCAGUGAUCUCAAUACCACCAGUCGGCCCGAAUUCCAGCAGUACGUAAUCUCCGAAUCCUGCCGACGUGUUGUGCCCCAGAAAAGCAGAAUAGAGUUCUUGUCGAUUUGCCUCAUUCUCAAGGAUUUUCAAUAACAGCUGCUGUAAAUGUUUCUUCAAUAUACAUGCGCUUUUACGAGCUUUGUUAUAUAGGCAAAAUAAAGGUGUAGCGACGUGCAAAAUGAGUUUACUAGGUGGGUGCUUGAACUUUGCAUCCUCAGCUAGAAAACAUUUUGCCAGCAUUAUUACACACCGCUCUAUUUCCUUUUCGGAUCUUGUGGUGAACGGCUCUGUCGUUAAUAAAGGUGCGCACAUGGGUUCUAUUAUGUACUUUUGACAAAUGAGCGGUUUGCUAUCGUGUAGAGUAGCGAUACAACAGUUCGCUAUCGUCGAACCAUGGUUGAUUUUAUCCGAGGAGAGUAGAUCUAAAAUCUAAAAACAAAUAUUCAAUAAGAAAUUGGGAAUGGAGACCUCUUGGUUGAUGACAUCAGAAUGGGAAGAUACAUGCUAAAAAUUCUUCUAAAAAUAAAUCAAAAUGACAGCAGCGAGAAGACACGAAUCUCAAUGUGAUCUGUUUUAUUUUAUUUUUCAUAGGAAUAUGUAAUGUAAAUUUCAUGCAAUAUACUAUAUAUUUUAAUAUAUUUUACACAAUAUAUUUUAUAUUUUAAUUUUAGUAUACAGUAUAUACAUAUACACAUACCUGUGGACACACGAGUCUGUAAUACUCGUCCUCGCUCUUUCCAUGAGAUAUUGCUAACAAUUUGGGGACCACGUCCAGCAUACGCCAGUUCACACCUAUAUCCAAUUCGUCGCCACAGAUUGCGUUGAUUAACGACGAUACUCCACCUGGUUGUGUAACUUUGCUAACUAAAAUAUUUCGUGUACAUAUGCGCAACCAUUUUGGUGUUUUUUGCUGUCCAAGAAUUAUCAUUAAUUCUUGAAUACAUUUAUAUUGUGGACAACUACUUAACAAGAAAAUUAAUCUAACAUAAAAUUCUUUUUGAUGACCCAAUAAGUCUUGAUAUCGUUUCACUGUCAUACGAAAUUGUGCUUGAUCACAGUUUUUGGUAUUUGAUGUUUGCUCAACCUCCUCAUUGGGCUUAAUUAAUGGGGCAAAUGAUAAUUGUAAUAAAGAUGCUAGUAUGGUACCGAGAUAUAAAAGUAUAGCUGGUCGUAAGUUCUCAUUGUGAAACAGAUCUGUGAGAGCAAUGGUUGUAAAUCUUAUUCGUUCGUAUCUCUGAAAGAUAAAAUUUAUGUAAAAAGAGAUAAUAUACCCAUAAGUUACAUAAUAUAGAGUUUGUUGUUCAGUAGAAAAAAUCUCACCUGUACACAACUUAGAUUUUCUUGUGGAAUUUUUGUAGCUUUAGGACAUAAUUUUGCCAUAUCUAUACCUACACCUUUUUC